CAUUCCUGGGGCCCCACUUCUCUCUGUGGCUUCUGCCCACUACUAGUCAUGGCCCGCAAGGUCCAUUGGCAAUAUAUAUACGUUGUGAGGAAUGAGAAUGGUGAGGAGAUAGCUGAGGUCUCCACCUUAGAGGCUGCCUUGGCCAUGGUGGGUGGCAACCCUAGUGGAGGUGACGCAGGCUGCGUAAUGGAACUAAAUAACGGGGUCCGCCAGGUCCCUGAGAGCCAAAACGACUCUGAGGAGAGCAGUAGGGACCCGAACGCCUCUUCCUUGGAGCCUCACCAGGAGGAGCCAAGGCCCUCAGCCGAGCCUGUGAUUCGGAUUCCGAGGCGCCGUUCAUCACGAAGGCGGCGGCGAACCACAUUGAAGUUCACACUGGGGCAGGUCGAGGAAAUGGAAAAAUUGUUCAAAGAAACCCAGUACCCAGAUGCGCUUGCCAGGAAAGAACUUGCACAAGCUUUGACUAUUCCUGAAGUCAAAGUGAAGACUUGGUUUAACAACAAGAGAGCCAAACAGAGGGCCAGUGAAAAGAAAGUGAUGCUCAGGAGUGCACCACCUGGGAUCCAGGACCACAUUUCCAUGAAGGAUGUGGAGGAGCCCUAG